CCGCGGACAUGCAGGGGGCGGCGAGUGCGGGCAGGGGUGCGGGGGCCCGCGGGCGGGGAUCUCCGCCGCGGCGAGGCGCUCCCCGCACAAAGCCCGGGGCGGGCCGAGGCCGGACUGCGGGGACACCGGCUGCCUUCACCCGCCCUGCCCGGGGAAGGCCGCGCGCAAGGAAUGGGCCCCCAUACAGAGGCCAACGAGGAACGGUGACCACGGGGCCUGAGAACCGAGCUCUUCCUUCCACGGCCACUGCCCUUCUCCAGGAGAGGAGGCAUAAGCAGGAGGCAGCAGGGACAAGAAUAGAACUGAAAGUCAUGUCUCAGAGCUUGGUGACAUUUGGGGAUGUGGCCGUAGAUUUCUCCCGAGAGGAGUGGGAGUGGCUGAACUCUGCCCAGAGGACUCUGCACAGAGAUGUGAUGUUGGAGAACUACAGGAACCUGGUCUCGCUGGGACUUUGCGUUUCUAAGCCCGAUAUGAUCUCCUCGCUGGAACAGCGGAAAGAGCCCUGGAUGCUGAAGAGAAAGUUGACAAGAGGCCGGUGCCCAGAUUUGAAGACCAUGCAGGAGACCAAGGAGUUACCCACGAAGAAGGACAUCUCUAAAGAAAAGUUACCCCAGGUGGUGAUAACGGAGAGGGUCACAGACUACAGUCUGGAAUGCUCCGUGUUAGGGGAAAACUGGGAUUAUGGUGCUCUGUUUGGGAGGCAACCGGGCUUGGUGACCAUCAGGAAUAUGGCUGUGGACUUCUCCCAGCAGCUGGACCCAGCUCAGAAGAGUUUCUGUAAGAAUGUGAUAUGGGAAAACCGUUGUGACCUGGGGUCAGUAGGAGCUGGUUCUCGAUUUAAGAGUGUCAAGUGUGUGACCGAACCCCGUAUCUGCCCAUAUGCAGGACCCUGUGUUUCUAAGCCAGAUUUGGUUUCGCUGCUGGAGCAAGGGAAGGAGCCCUGGAUGGUGGAAAGAGAGCUGACAAGGGGCCUGUUCUCGGGCCAACGGUCUAUACAUGAGACCCAGGAAUUAUUUCCGAAACAAGAUUCAUUCGCUGAAGUAACAGAUAGAACUUCAAACGUGAAUUUGGAGUGUUCCACUUUCAGAGAAAAUUGGGGUUCUGAGAGUGUGUUUGAAAGGAAGCUGGUAGGUCAGGAGACACAAUUCAGGCAAGAGACAAUCACUCAUAACAAAACCCUCUCUAAGGAAAGGGAACGUACUUUUAACAAAUCUGGAAGAUGGUUUCAUUUGGACAUUUCAGAAGAGAGAGUUCAUAAUCGUGAUUCAGUUAAGAAAAAUUUUCCCAAAAAUUCAGUAGCAAUAAAACAUACAGGAAUUUAUGCAGGAAAAAAACUUUUCAAAUGUAAUGAAUGUAAGAAAACUUUUACCCAGAGCUCAUCCCUUACUGUUCAUCAGAGAAUUCAUACUGGAGAGAAACCCUAUAAAUGUAAUGACUGUGGCAAGGCCUUCAGUGACGGCUCGUCCUUUGCUAGACAUCAAAGAUGUCACACUGGCAAGAAGCCUUAUGAAUGUAUUGAAUGUGGGAAAGCUUUCAUACAGAACACGUCCCUUAUCCGUCACUGGAGGUAUUACCACACUGGGGAGAAACCCUUUGAUUGCAUCGAUUGUGGGAAAGCCUUCAGUGAUCACAUAGGACUUAAUCAACAUAGGAGAAUUCAUACUGGAGAGAAACCCUACAAAUGUGAUGUGUGUGACAAAUCCUUUAGAUAUGGUUCAUCCCUUACUGUCCAUCAAAGGAUUCAUACUGGAGAAAAACCAUAUGAAUGUGAUGUUUGCAGAAAAGCCUUCAGCCAUCAUGCUUCACUCACUCAGCAUCAGAGAGUGCAUUCUGGAGAAAAGCCUUUUAAAUGUAAAGAAUGUGGGAAAGCUUUUAGGCAGAACAUACACCUUGCUAGUCAUUUGAGGAUCCAUACUGGAGAGAAACCCUUUGAGUGUGGGGAAUGUGGUAAAUCCUUCAGCAUCAGUUCACAGCUGGCUACUCAUCAGAGAAUUCAUACUGGAGAGAAGCCCUAUGAAUGUAAGGUUUGCAGUAAAGCAUUCACCCAGAAGGCUCACCUUGCACAGCAUCAGAAGACUCAUACGGGAGAGAAACCAUACGAGUGUAAGGAAUGUGGUAAAGCCUUUAGCCAGACCACACACCUUAUUCAACACCAGAGGGUUCACACUGGAGAGAAGCCCUAUAAAUGUAUCGAAUGUGGGAAGGCCUUUGGUGAUAACUCCUCCUGCACUCAACAUCAGAGACUCCACACUGGCCAGAGACCUUAUGAAUGUAUUGAAUGUGGGAAGGCCUUCAAGACAAAGUCAUCACUUAUUUGUCAUCGCAGGAGUCAUACUGGGGAGAAACCUUACGAAUGUAGCGCAUGUGGCAAAGCCUUUAGCCAUCGUCAGUCCCUUAGUGUCCAUCAGAGAAUUCAUUCUGGAAAGAAACCGUAUGAAUGCAAAGAAUGUAGGAAAACCUUCAUCCAAAUCGGACACCUUAAUCAGCAUAAAAGAGUCCACACUGGAGAAAGAUCCUAUAAUUAUAAGAGAAGCAGAAAAGUCUUCAGGCAGACCGCACACCUUGCCCAUCAGAGAAUCCAUAAUGGAGACUCAUCGGCACGCUCCUCUUUGCCUUCCGCAUCAAAUCCUGUGGAUCUGCUGCCCAGGUUUCUCUGGGGUGCGUCCUCACUCCCAUCACCGUAGUUUCAACAUUGUUAUUUCAGCUGGACUCCUCCAUUAGUGAGAAAACUGGUCCCUCUGUUGGGUUGGUUCUGUUGUCCUUCAUGAGUUUGUUUUUCACACUGCAGUCAGAUUGACUUUUUUUUUUUUUAAGCGUAAAUACAGUUCAUUCACUUCUUAUGUAAAAACUUGUGUUGAGAUCCUUUAAAUGGGUUAAUACGUAAGAUGUGCGUAGCACAGUGCCUGGUCCACACCAGGUGUUGAGCAAAACGUUAUUUUGGGACAUUGAAGAGUUACCACAGUCAGGUCUGAACAAAAAUGAUGCAUGGAAGGAGGCCAGGAGAAACCAGUUUAGAUCAGGAACAGGAGUUCAAGGUAGUCAGUGAGGUUUUGCCAGUGGUGGUUUAAAACUUGUUUCCAUAAUGUUGAGUUAGAAUUGUGGCUUUCAUCUCAUCUGCAUAAACGUAAGGUGAUGUGAUUUUAUCGGUGAGAGAAUUCAGCUUUACUACACAUCUGACAACAGUCUUAGGAUGUGUGUAGAGAAUGUGCAUCAGUAGGCCUCUUGGAACAAAAGAACUGAAACAGAAAAAAAAUGCAAGAUUUAUAUGCAUAAAGUUAAAACUACUGACAUGUUAUCCAAUAAUUAGAAAAUUUGGAAAGAUUUGCUCUACCUAAAAUCACUUAGGCUUAUGAAGGAACUCUCUUCAACUUCUGAGGAGCUGUCAGCCUUGAGGUAAACCGUUCUAAAGUAGGUGUCAGCAAACUAACCCAAUGACCAAAGUCUCACUGGUUUUCCAUGAUCUAAAUUAAAAAAAAUUUUUUUUAAAUGGUCGAACCAGUGAAAAGAACAUUUUGUGACAACAUGAAAGUUAAAGUAAAUUUAAAUUUCAGCAUCUGCAAAUCAAGUUUUAUUGGCAAAUAGCCACGCUGAUUUGCUCACAUUUUCCUGUGGCUGCUUUCACUCCACAGUGGCACAGUUGGGUAACCGCAGCAGAGCCAACAUGGCCCGCAAAGCCUCAAGUGUUUGCUCUGUCCUUUUACGAAGAGGUUUGCCAACCCCUGCUGUGGCACAGAGAAGAAUGUAAAAGGUUCUAAUUACUUCUAAGUGUGUAAUACAACCCUCACUUCAAAAACAAGACAAAGUAUAAGGCAACUUAUGAAUAGAGGUGAAAGGGAAUUAUUAAACUAUUGAAAUAUGAAAAUAUGCCAGUAGAGGAGAAAUACAUUUUUUCUAGAUGAAAUACUCAAUACUGUUAAUGUGUUUGUAAAUUGUCAUUCACAACAGAGUCCCAGUAGGAUAUGUUUACUUUGACAGUUUUAGUUGAAAUUACACAAGGAAAGAGAAUUUGGCAAGCAAAGCAGGACAUUUUUUUUUUUUUUUAAGAUUUUUUUUUUAUUUAUUUAUUCGACAGAGAUAGAGACAGCCAGCGAGAGAGGGAACACAAGCAGGGGGAGUGGGAGAGGAAGAAGCAGGCUCACAGCGGAGGAGCCUGAUAUGGGGCUCGAUCCCACAACGCCGGGAUCACGCCCUGAGCCGAAGGCAGACGCUCAACCGCUGUGCCACCCAGGCGCCCCAAGCAGGACAUUUUUGAAAUAAGUUUCUUUGCAUUUCAGAUUUUGGUAUGUAAUAAGACUGGUUUUUCAUUAUUGGGGAAGUGAUGUUUUGACAGUUGCUUAUCCAUCCUCUUCAAAAAAAGAAAGAAAGAAACACACAUACCUUACAGAGAAAUAUGCAAUUAUAUUUAACAUUUCUAAUUAUGAAAUGAUAGGUAAGAAGCAAACAUAGAAAGAGAAAGGCUUUACUAUGUAGGAUGUGGGGUCCUUGAAGACGUGAGGAAGAGAGUAAGUUGUCCUGUACAAAGAUUUUAAACGCCAGCAUGGUGGAAGGUGCCAAAAAGACAUAAAAGACAAUUGACAAAGUAAUACAAGUUAUAUGAAAAAACACGUCAUUUGUGAACAAAGUGCCAUUACACAUAUAAAGCAGUGGGGAAAAUUGCCAGUGCCUCCCAACAGGCAUGUUGGUGAAGAAUUCAAAUGAGUAGAGAAAAUGGGUUAACUUCUUAGCCUCGCUAAUCAGGAAAUUACAAAUUAAACUUUCUUGGCUUUCCGAUGGAUUACAAUCUAAAAUUUGGAUAAUAUCCAGUACUGGCAUCAGGGUGGGAAAACAGAUACUUGAUAAUUAGCUGUGUAAAUUUGUCUCCUUUUUGGGUGGCAACAUAGUAUGACCUAUCAACAUUAUAAAAAUGCAUUCCUUUUGAAACAGUAAUCCUAGAUCUGGGAAUUAUGUCCCAUUGGAAUAAAUAGAUGUAAAUAAUAUUUAUUGCAAAAUUGUUGUAAUUAUGACAAAUAGGAUUUCAGUGUCCUGCCAAGCAGGGUCAUUAAAUUGUGAUUAUUCAACACUGUAUUGUCUGGUUAGAAAGAGAUUAAAUUCUAUGUAUGCUUCUGUGGAGAGCUGUCCGUCCACAAUAUAUUAAAUGAGAUACGUGACUUGGAAAA